GCGGUGCGUGUGCUGAGCAGACGUUGGCAGUGUCAGUACACGGUUGUUUCGGAAGGAAUCGAAAACUUACUUCUGCUUUGGUGUUUUUAGCGCGUUGGCCGCGUUUGGUAGGCGUAUUUUGUGUGUGUCGCUGGUGGAGUUUUCGAAUUUCGAAAAUUUGAACGUAGUAAUUGUACAGCAACGAAACGGUUUCAGGCGAAAUAACGGUUGUGCAGCAGCAAAAGUUUUUAUCUCCAAUUGUGUGAAAUAAAGUCGGGCUAUUUUUCACAAAAACACUUAAAUAUACCUAAAAAACUGAAAAACCAACUAAAAUUACUCCCACCUCUCUGCAAGUAAAUUAAUAAAGUUUGCCGCAAAAAAGCGAAAAAUAACAAAAUACAAUUUUGAUAAUGCAAAAAUAUUGAAACAGUGACGGAAGUUCAAAAUUAAAACCACAAACACACACAUCCUCUGGGCGCAGCGCAGCUAAGCGCGCAACACCGCAGUUAUAACCGCAGCAUAGCGUUGUAAACAAAAAUUCACAGCAAAAACAACAACAAAAAUUCAAAACAAAAACAACAACAAAAAAUAAAACAACAACGACUACAAAAACCAACAACCACCAAAAUUACAACAACAAAGACUAACACAACAACAAUACAGUUACUACAGCGCUUCUACGAACGACCGCAACCAACGCUUCCCGGCAGCCAUACAACAACACUAGCAAUAGAAAGCACGAAAAACGAGAAACAUUAAGUGAAAUCCCAAAAGGCGCACGCGAAAUGGGCUGCAACACCAGUCAAGAGCUGAAGACAAAAGACGGCAACGCUGGCAGCGCUAAUGGCGAGGGUGAGCUCGUCGCCGAGGCCACCAACGCCGCCAACACCGCCAACACCGCAACCAGCAAUGGCAAUGUUGGCGGCGCUGUGAGUGUCGGCGAACAGAAUGGCAAUUUGGCGGAGCAACAGAAAGCGGUUGGUGGUGGCAGCGCUGGCAGUCAGACCAGAAAGACAGCAUCCGCAGCUUCUGCCGUGUCAGCCACGUCCGCAGCAUCGGCAGGUUCGGCGGCCACGGCGACGUCAAACAAUCUCACAAAUCACUCGAAAUCAAAUUCAAUUAUAAGUAACGGUGAUGCUAACAAGCGCAGCGCCUCACGCGACGAGGGUGACGGUGGCAUACUCGAGAAGGCGUUGGCGGCUGUGAAACAGCAAUGCGAUAAAGCGGAAAUAACCGAGUUCAACGAUAUGAGCGAAUUGGGUGAAUUGGGAGAAUUGGGCGAAGACGAAGCCAAAGCCGCCACUAAAAUCCAAGCCGUUUUUCGAGGACACAAAGUAAGAAACACCAUGAAGAAGAGCGAAACUAAAUCCACCCCCACCGCUAGCGCCAACGCUGCGUCUGCUAACAAAAUUGAUCAUAGCAAAACCGUUGCUGCGUCGGCGGCAGCUGCAGCCGCAGCCGCAGCGGCGGAGCCAACCAAAGCUGAAUUAGAGGCUGAAUUCGAUCCCAAUGACAAAGAACUGUGUGACGCAGCUGCGAAAAUCCAGGCCGCCUUCCGUGGCCAUAUGACACGCAAAGUUGUGACCAAAGACACGCCCGACGAUAUCGACAUACAGGAGAUCACCAAGAAGGUAGCCGAAGAGCUGGAUAUCGAUCUAAGCGAUCCGGAAUUGAAUAAGGCAGCCACCAAAAUUCAAGCCUCAUUCAGAGGCCACAAAAUUCGCAAGGAAAUAGGAACCGAAUAAGAGAAUCUUGUGCCCAUAUUUUCCUCAUUAAACAACCAAAAAAACAAACAAUGUUGCAACAGAAAAAUUAAUUAAAGAAAAGCAUAAAGCAGUAAUACUAAAAUAUGGAAAAGAAUAAUUGCUAAAAAUGUUAAGUAAAUACAAUUUGAAUUAUAUAAAAAAAAAAACAUAAAUUAAUUAAAAAAAGCAUAAAGACACAUAGAUAAUGAUAAACAAAAAUAUCAAGCCAUUUGUGAAGGCAAUUAUUUGGGAGAUUCAAAGCAUAUGCAACAAGGUUGCCAUACACCGACAAUUGCAUACACUGAGCGAAAAACACACAAGCUUUUCAACUGCUGAAGGACAAAGCAUAAAUAAAUAUAAAUUGUUGAGAAAAUUUUAAUAGCAAAUGAUAAAUGUUGAACAAAUAUUAACACAAAAUAAAAAUCAAACUAAGAAAACAAAACUAAUAUUGACACUUUAUAAGGGUUCAAACCAAUGUGCGCAGUGUUGCAUUUUCGCUAAAUUAAUUCAAUAUGAAAAACAAUUAUUAAAAAUUAAAUUGCAAACAUUUUAAACUUGAUAAAUAAUUUUGGUCUCAGAAAUAUUAUCUCGACAGACCAUUUUUGGUCUCAACAAAAACCUUUCUGGCCUCAGCAGAAAUAUUUUUGGCGCAUUUUUCUUUGGUCGCAUAUUUUUUUCACAGCACUGUUCAGCGGCAUAGGGGUUUCACAACACAUUCUUUGAGCUUUAUGAUAAGUAACUGAAAUAAAUAUAUAUUUUUUAAUUUACAAAAAGUAGUAAUUAAAAUAAUAAGAUAUAUAUUAAAUAUUAUAGUCUAUGUAUUUUAGCUGGUUUUGCGAUUUUAAAGACUGCAUAAUCGCACCAGCAGAAAACAAAAGCUUUGCCAAAUUAUGUAGUUGUUGACAUUAUGUAGAGCUCGCUAUAAGUUUUACUUACUAUUUUGCAGAUAAAAAACACGAAAUUUCGAAAUUUGUUAAAAAAAAUUUAAAGGCAGAACAAAAACAAAAUUUCGAAAUUCUUUGAAAAAAGUUUUAAGAGCAGAUAAACCAAAAUUUCGAAUUAAAAACAAAUUUGAGAACUGAACAAAACCGAAAUUUCGAAAUUAAAAAAAAAAUAGUCACUCUAAUAACAACUAAAAUUUCGAAAUUUCUAAAAAAUUAUUGAGAGCGUGUUGCUAAAUUGAUUUUUAAAAAAAUUUCGAAUUAGAACAAAUUUUGAAAACAAAAAAAAAUUCGAAAUUUAUAAAAAGAAACUUCGAAUUAAAACAAAUUUUGAAAACAACACAAAAAAAAAUUCGAUUUAAAAAAAAUAUUGAGUGCGUGUUCCAACGAAAAUUUCGAAAUUUAUUUUUAAAACAUUUUGAGAACAGAACGAAACCAAUAUUUCGAAAUUAAAAAAAAAAUUUGGAGAGCGUAUUGCUAACCAAAGUUUCGAAAUUUAUUUAAAAAAAUUUUGAAACAGAACAAAACCAAAAUUUUGGAAUUUUUUUUAAAUUUUUUGAGAGCGCGUUGCUAACCAAAGUUUCGAAAUUUAUUUAAAAAAAUUUCGAAUUAAAACAAAUUUUGAAAACAACAAAAAAAAAAUUUCGAAAUUUAAAAAAAAAAUUUUGAGAGCGUGUUGAGAGCAGAAAACCUCCAAAUUUCAAAAUAAAAAAAAUUUAAAAAGAACAAAACCAAACUAUGAAAUUUUUUAAACAAAAUUUUUAGGGUGAGGUGUUAACCAAAAUUUCCGAAAUUAAAAAAAAAACUUUGAGAGCGUGUUUUUAGACUGUUCUAUUUAGUUUCUAAAAUAUCUGAGGUAUUGUUUGAUAUUGGUCACCUGUUGCGGAAGUUUUCAAGCAGUUUUUGAUCUUUUUUGGAGAAAUGUUCGAGGCACAUUUGGUACUCAAGUUCUCAAGAAGUUUUUAACCUUUUUUGAAGAAAUUUUUGUGGCACAUUUUGUACUCAAGAAUAAUAAAAAUUUUUAAACUUUUUUUGGGACAUUAUUGAGUCACAUUUUAUAUUCAAAUCCUCAAGAAGUUUUUGAUCCUUUUUGGAGAAAUUUUCAAGGCACAUUUCGCGCUCAAGAACUCAAAAAGUCCUUUUUUAAGGAUAAUAUCUAGUCAUAUUUGGUACUCAAGUCCUCAAGAAUUUGUUAACCUUUUUUGGAGAAAUUUUUAUGGCACAUUUGGUGCUCAAGUCCUCAAGAAUUUGUUACCCUUUUUUGGAGAAAUUUUUAUGGCACAUUUGGUGCUCAAGUUCUCAGAGACUUUUUAAUCUUUUUUGGAGAAAUUUUCGGUGUCCUCAAGUCCUCAAAUCAAGUUUUUUUUUGUUGGGAAGCGUUCAAAAACGAAACAAAAAUCUUAAAAAUAACGGUUUUUAUGAAGUAUUCUUCUUCUUUAUUACCGUAGACACAGCUAACGCGGUUAUAUGAAGUCUAGACCACAUAAUAUUAAUGUUAAAGUCUCGAAUACAAUUUUUACUACAAAUUAUUGCACCGUCUGGUAUUUUAUAUUUUCAAAAACAGGAUUUUUGAGUCAAUGGUUGAUUAUUAUUUUUUGAUAUAAAACUUUUUUAGCUAAACAUUCAGAUUUUUAACACAAGCAAUACGCUCUCUUCAAGCGCUUUCUUUUAUGCUGCUCUCUUUUUAGAAUAACCGUUAUUCGUUCAAUAUUAUUAAUAACAGUAAUUAAAAGGAAAAGUGGAAAAAAAUAUAUUUCGAACUGCUGCGAAUAUUCAAACCUAAUUUCACACACACAAAUAUGUGAAAUGCAUAACACAACAACAAAUACCAAUGAGUAAUUAAUAUUCAUAAAGUAAGUAAACAAUGUUUAACAGCGUAACUACAACAACAACAAACAACUAUUGGAUUACAAACCAAACACAGAAUGUGCAUACGAACAAAAAAGCGGAGCGCAUGACCUUGUAUGUAUGUAUGUAAGCCAGAGAGGGAAAUAAAAUAAAUAGAAAAUUAAAUAAAAACUAUAAAAAAAAUAAUUGAGCGAUAAAUUUAACUAAAAACCAUGGCACGGCCCACAUACUAUUUCACAAGCAAGUUUUGGAAAAAAAAUUUCACAAAAAAGUUUUCGAACUAAAAAUUCACAAAAAAGUUUUCGAACUAAAAAUGCAUAAACAAUAUUAAUAUUUAUUUACAUUUUAAUUGAUAGCUACACACACAGACACACACAUGCAUGCAUUUCCGGUGCGAGUUUCGCUAAAAUCUCGAGUGGGUGCUUAACGGUAAACUUGAAGCGGAGACAAUAUUUAUAUGUACACGUGUAUAUAUAGUAUAUCGACACAUAAAAUGCAAAAUAACGUAACAUCACUUUUAAUAAGUCUACAGGCGAAGGAAAAUGAUAUAAUAGAAACUUACUCACAUUCAAACAAAAUUUUAGUUUUGGUUAUAAAAUGGUUAUAUAUUGGUUAUCAUACACUCAUAAAAUGGUUAUAUAUUGGUUAUCAUACACUCAUAAAAUGGUUAUAUAUUGGUUAUCAUACACUCAUAAAAUGGUUAUAUAUUGGUUAUCAUACACUCAUAUUGAAACAAAAUUUGAGUUUUGGUUAUAAAAUGGUUAUAUAUUGGUUAUCAAACACUCAUAAAAUGGUUAUAUAUUGGUUAUCAUACACUCAUAUUGAAACAAAAUUUUAGUUUUGGUUAUAAAAUGGUUAUAUAUUGGUUAUCAUACACUCAUAAAAUGGUUACAUAUUGGUUAUCAUACACUCAUAAAAUGGUUACAUAUUGGUUAUCAUACACUCAUAAAAUGGUUACAUAUUGGUUAUCAUACACUCAUAAAAUGGUUAUAUAUUGGUUAUAUUGGAAACAAAAUUUGAUAUUGGUUAUAAAAUGGUUAUAUAUUGGUUAUCAAACACUCAUAAAAUGGUUAUAUAUUGGUUAUCAUACACUCAUAAAAUGGUUAUAUAUUGGUUAUUAUUCAAACAAAAUUUGAGUUUUGGUUAUAAAAUGCUUAUAUAUUGGUUAUCAUACACUCUUCAAAUAGUUAUAUAUUGGUUAUCAUUCACUCAUAUUGAAACAAAAUUUUAGUUUUGGUUAUAAAAUGGUUAUAUAUUGGUUAUCAUACACUCAUAAAAUGCUUAUAUAUUGGUUAUCAUACACUCAUAUUGAAACAAAAUUUUAGUUUUGCUUAUAAAAUGGUUAAACAUUCAUAUUCAAAAGAGACUUGAGUUUUGGUUAUAAAACGGUUAUAUAUUGGUUAUUAUACCUGAGAAUGAUUUUCGACUUUUUGUUUUUUUGGAUGAAACGCUGUUUUGCAUUCCAAACAAAAUUUGAGUUUUGGUUAUAAAAUGGUUAUAUAUUGGUUAUUAUAACUGAUAGCGAUAUACAAUCUUUUUUUAUUGAUACACUGUUUUGUAUUUUAGUUGACGAUAUGUAGAUAUAUGUAUGUAAAAUGUAACUAUGUAUUUGUAUUUGUUGUUGUUGCCAGCUAAAAAGCGUGAAACUUUGAUUGCCGAGCAAAUAAUCAGCGUAAAUAUUGCCGCGUCAAUUACCGUUAUAACUAUUUGCAUUAGCACACCAAUUUGAGAGUUACCUAUAAAAACACACACACAAUUUAUACACACACACACACAUACAUACACAAGCAAACCACAAAUGCAGCUAAAUAAUUCAUUAAACCGUUGGCGUGAGCAAUUAACGGCAUCUUAUUUACUUUACGCAAACUCAAUUUAUCAUUAUUUAAAUACAAAUGUAAUUAGCUCUAUUUCUAGCAAUUAAUUCUAUUCAAUAUUUUACACUAAUUAACUGAUACAAAUGUUUAAUUAAGCACCGUUAUUCGGUGGAAAAGUUUUUGAAAACUUGAAAUUCAAUGCCGCAAUGUAUUUUACUAUAAUAAUAACAACAACAACAAUGUAAGAACAUAUUAAAAAAUACAAAAAAAUCUUCGCAACAUCACCAAACAAUACAACAACAACAACAAGAACACAUUAAAAAAAUUUCUACACGCUGCUGCUUCUUUGGUGGCGUCUCCACAGGGCCUCUCUUUACAAACUACUAAACAGUAUUGCAAUUGUGAAAAACCAAAAAACACAAACAACAAAAACAAAUUAACACAAAUUUGAACAAAAUUAAAAAGUAAAAUAACAAAAAACACAUAGCAAUUGAUAUUGUAAUGCCGCAAAUUGUGUGGAAACUAAAUUUGUGCAAAUAAAUAAAAUUGAAAUAAAAUCUUAACAGCAUUAAUUUAGUGAAAGUAAAGUAAUAAAAGACAAAAACUACAACAA